CUCCCGCCACUCGACCUGACCAGAGUCAUCAUGCGUCGUGGGGAGAGGAGUCAGCACCGCGAGCUUGAGGAAGCCCUUCAGGCCCAAGGAGAGGCGCCGGGCCCAGCGGCUGGGCAGGCUCCCGCAGCUGAGGAGGAAGAGGCUGGCACCGCCUCCCUCUCUGCCGCCCCUGCUCUGAUCCCGGGCACCGCGGACGAGGUGCUUGCGGCUGGGUCCCCGAGUCCUCAGGAAGCCAGCUCCUUGCUCAGCACCAUAGCCUUCAUUCUGUGCAGCCAAUCUGAUGAAAGCUCCUGCAGUGAAGAGGAGGGGCCCGACCCAGCCGGCCCUGGGUCUUUGCUCCAAGAGACCCUAGGUGAGAAGAUAGCUCAUCUGGUCUAUUUCCUGCUCCACAAGUACCGGAACAAGGAGCCGCUCACAAAGGCAGAGAUGCUGAGUGCUGUCAUCAAGAGUGAGGAGGAGCACUUCCCGGCCAUCUUCGAAGAAGCCUCCGAGUGCAUGCGGCUGGUGUUUGGCAUCGAGGUGAAGGAAGCGGACCCCACCGGCCACUCCUACGUCCUGGCCCCCUCCCUGGGCCUCUCCUACGAUGGCAUGCUGGGGGAUGACCAGAGCAAGCCCAAGACCGGUCUCCUGAUUACCGUCCUGGGCACGAUCUUCAUGGCGGGCGACUGCGCCUCUGAGGAGAUCAUGUGGGAAUCGCUGAGUGUGCUGGGGGUGUGGCCGGGGAGGGAGCACUGCAUGUAUGGGGAGCCCAGGAAGCUCCUCACCCAGGAUUGGGUGCAGGAAGCCUACCUGGAGUACCGGCGGGUGCCCGGCAGCGACCCCGCACGCUACGAGUUCCUGUGGGGUCCCAGGGCCCAUGCUGAAACCAGCAAAAUGAAGGUCCUGGAGCACGUGGCCAAGGUCAGUGGGAGAGAUGCCGCUUCCUACCCGUCCCUGUAUGAAGAGGCGCUCAGAGCUGAGAGGGAGAGGGAGGCUGAGCAGGAGUUCUGA